GAGUCUCUGACUGCCACAGCCUCCCUCACCUCUGCUGUCAGUGACAGUGCUGCUGCUGAUCCCUGACUCACCUCAAACAAGCUUUAAUCUCGGUUUCUUCCAGGUUUUGCACGCUUGCCAGGACUUUGUCUACCAUGGGAAGCAAGAGGAAGGGUAUCUUGGAGCGACUAAAUGCUGGGGAGGUGGUUGUAGGAGAUGGAGGUUAUGUGCUGCAGCUAGAGAGACGUGGAUAUGUAAAGGCAGGACACUGGACACCUGAGGCUGCAGUUGAACACCCUGAAGCAGUGCGUCAGCUGCACAGAGAGUUCCUGAGAGCAGGAGCCAACGUGAUUCAAACGUUCACCUUCUACUGCAGCGAGGACAAGCUGGAGAUAAGCGGCAACGUCACCAACAUCACCGGGGCCCAGAUCAAUGAGGCAGCAUGUGACCUGGCCAGGGAGGUCGCCAACGAGGGUGAUGCGUUGGUCGCUGGAGGCGUGUCCCAGACUCCCUGUUAUGUGCAGAGUCACAGUGAGACUGAGGUCAAGACCAUCUUUAAGAAACAGAUGGAUGACUUUCUCAAGAAGGACAUUGAUUUCUUCAUUGCAGAGUACUUUGAACAUGUGGAAGAGGCCAUGUGGGCAGUGGAGGUGCUAAAGACCAGCGAUAAACCAGUGGGAGCAACGCUUUGCAUCUCCCCUCAAGGAGACAUG